AUGGAGAUUGAAUUAAAAAAAUAUAACAUAACGCCCAUUGUGACUUUAUACGAUAACGAUUUACCAGAACCGUUACAGCUUCGAGGUGGAUGGUUGAAUGAUGAUACAAAUGACCACUUUGUCGAAUAUGCUCGAAAGUGCUUCGCAGAAUUUGGAAAUGACGUAACUAUAACUGAAGACAGCUGCCAAGUCGAGGGUUACUUUGCCGCAGCUCUAAUGGACAGUUUCGAAUGGGUUCACGGCUUUAGUGUCAAAUACGGCCUACACCACGUAGAUUUUACCGACACAGACAGAGUAAAGGUAUAA